AUGUCCACAAUCACGGCUCCCGUCACCGUAACUACUCUACUCUUCAAGACAAAUUCCGACAGCACGACUACUACUUCUAUCCCAAUUGUAAUCGGACCUGGAGGUCUUGGUUAUAUUGGACCAGAAGGCCCACUGCCUUUUGAGGUCCCUUUUCCCACUGUGGGUCCUGGGCCUCCUCCCGGAGGUCCCCCGAAUGGUGGCUCGGGCGGCGGACAACCAGACCCUACUGGCCCGCCUCCUGGAGGUUCCCCAGGUGGCGGUGGCUCAGGCGGUGGUGACCCGGACCCUACUGGCCCGCCUCCCGGUGGUUCUCCAGGUGGUGGCGGUUCAGGAAGUGGUGAUCCGGACCCUACUGGUCCCCCGCCUGGGGGGUCUCCCGGUGGUGGUGAUUCAGGCGGCGGCAAUCCAGACCCGGCGCCGACUCGGGAGCCAGACCCGACAGCUUCAACAACAUCAUCAUGUACUGCCAACGAAGCAUCAUAUUGUACCGCCAGUUGCAUUGAUACAGGGAACACCAGAACUUGCACGACGACGGUAUGCGAAACGAUCACGGCAUGUAGCGUAACUGCCACCACCACCAGCGUCACCACAACGAGCAUUCCUGGGGGCGCUCCCAACCGUUACCCAAGACGUUGA